AUGGCCGAGCCCACCAAGAUCAGCAUCUUGGGUCGGGAGAGCAUUGUUGCUGACUUUGGUCUGUGGCGCAACUUCGUCGCAACAGACCUGGUCAACAACCUGCCCUCGACUACCUACGUCCUCGUUACCGAUACCAACCUCGGAUCUCUCUAUACCCCAAGUUUCGAAAAGGCCUUCCACGCCGCUGCUGCCUCCAUUUCCCCUGCUCCUCGUCUUCUGGUCUACAAUGCUGCUCCUGGCGAGAGCUCAAAAUCCCGCCAAACAAAAGCCGACAUUGAAGAUUGGAUGCUGAGCCAGAACCCACCAUGUGGACGAGAUACUGUUGUCAUUGCACUUGGCGGCGGCGUCAUUGGUGACUUGACUGGAUUCAUUGCGGCAACCUACAUGCGUGGUGUUCGUUAUGUGCAAGUCCCCACCACACUUUUGGCCAUGGUGGAUUCCUCAAUUGGAGGCAAGACUGCGAUUGAUACCCCCCUCGGAAAGAACCUGAUCGGUUCCAUUUGGCAACCAUCAAGAAUUUAUAUUGAUCUUGAGUUCUUGGAGACGCUGCCUGUGCGAGAGUUCAUCAACGGCAUGGCCGAGGUGAUCAAGACCGCCGCAAUCUCCAGUGAAAAGGAAUUCACAGCGUUAGAAGAUAAUGCCGAUGCCAUUCUCGGUGCUGUUCGCAGCGAGGCUAAACCUGGUCAAGGCCGCUUUGACGGUAUUCGUGAUAUUUUGAAGGCUCGAAUUCUUGCUUCCGCUCGCCACAAGGCAUUCGUUGUAUCUGCCGAUGAGCGGGAGGGUGGCCUCCGCAAUCUGCUGAACUGGGGCCACUCUAUUGGUCACGCCAUUGAAGCUAUUCUGACUCCACAAAUCCUCCAUGGAGAGUGUGUCGCUAUUGGUAUGGUCAAGGAGGCCGAGCUCGCUCGGCACCUUGGAAUUCUGAAGGGCGUUGCCGUUGCUCGUGUUGUCAAGUGUAUUUCCGCCUACGGCUUGCCUACUUCAAUGAAGGAUUCUCGUGUGCGCAAGCUGACUGCCGAUAAACACUGCUCUGUCGAGCAGCUGCUGUUCAACAUGGCUCUCGAUAAAAAGAAUGACGGCCCCAAGAAGAAGGUCGUUCUGCUGUCUGCAAUUGGACGUACUCAUGAACCCAAGGCUAGUGUUGUCUCCAACGAAAAUAUCGGCGUUGUUCUGGCUCCUAGUGUUGAGGUUCACCCCGGUGUGCCAAAGACUCUCAAUGUCACUUGCACACCUCCAGGAUCUAAGUCAAUCUCAAACCGUGCUUUAGUGCUUGCUGCGCUUGGCUCUGGUACCUGUCGCGUUAAGAACCUCUUGCACUCCGAUGACACCGAAGUCAUGUUGAACGCCCUUGAGCGACUGGGAGCAGCCACCUUCUCGUGGGAAGAUGAGGGCGAGGUCCUUGUCGUGAACGGAAAGGGAGGCAACAUUGUCGCCAGCCCUUCAUCCCUGUAUCUGGGUAACGCUGGAACUGCAUCCAGAUUCUUGACUACCGUAUCAACUCUUGCCACCCCAAGCAGUGUUGAUUCUACCGUUUUGACUGGUAACAACAGAAUGAAGCUGAGACCCAUUGGUGAUCUCGUUGAUGCUUUGACUGCCAACGGAGCUGGCGUCGAAUAUAUGGAGCGCAAAGGCAGCUUGCCCCUUAAGAUUGAUGCCUCUGGUGGAUUCGCCGGAGGUAAGAUUAACCUGGCCGCAAAGGUGUCCUCUCAAUAUGUCUCGUCACUUCUGAUGUGUGCCCCCUACGCCAAGGAGCCAGUCACCUUGAAAUUGGUUGGAGGAAAGCCUAUCUCCCAGCCCUACAUUGAUAUGACUACCGCAAUGAUGAGAUCUUUCGGUAUUGAUGUGCAAAAGUCCACCACAGAGGAGCACACCUACCAUAUUCCCCAGGGUAACUACGUGAACCCUGCUGAAUACGUCGUGGAAAGCGAUGCCAGCUCCGCUACUUACCCUCUCGCAAUUGCUGCUAUCACUGGUACAAAAUGUACCGUCCCUAACAUCGGCUCUGGAUCCCUGCAGGGUGACGCUCGCUUCGCGGUUGAGGUCCUGAGGCCCAUGGGCUGCUCAGUUGAGCAAACUGAAUCAUCCACCACUGUUACCGGACCUAGUGAUGGUAUUCUUCGUCCUCUGACAAACGUGGAUAUGGAGCCUAUGACCGAUGCUUUCCUCACUGCCUCUGUUCUUGCAGCCGUUGCUCAGGGCGAGGGCUCAAACCAUACCACCCGCAUCUACGGAAUUGCCAACCAGCGUGUCAAAGAGUGUAAUCGUAUUAAGGCCAUGAAAGAUGAAUUGGCCAAGUUCGGUGUCAUUUGUCGUGAACAUGAUGAUGGUAUUGAAAUUGAUGGUAUCCCACGAUCCAACCUGCGUCUCCCAUCCGGUGGUAUCUUCUGUUACGAUGACCACCGUGUCGCUUUCAGCUUCAGUGUUUUGUCGCUUGUUACACCUCAACCUACCCUCAUUCUGGAGAAGGAGUGUGUCGGAAAGACAUGGCCUGCUUGGUGGGAUGCUUUGAAGGGCAUCUGGAAUGUCAAACUUGAGGGCAAGGAAUUGAGCGAGGAGGAGUUGGCCGUCUCCACCCAGGAAGAAAAGGCCAGUGCCUCUAUUUUCAUCAUCGGUAUGCGUGGUGCCGGAAAGACUACUGCUGGCAGUUGGGUUGCGAAGAGUCUCGAUCGUCCCUUCAUCGAUCUCGAUACCGAGUUGGAGACUUCAGAGGGUAUCACAAUCCCCAACAUGAUCAAGGAACGUGGCUGGCAAGGAUUCCGUGAUGCCGAACUCGCUACGCUCAAGCGCUGCAUGGCAGACCGUCCAAAUGGCUAUGUCUUUGCAUGCGGUGGUGGCGUGGUAGAGAUGCCCGAGGCACGCAAGCUUCUCACUGAAUGGCACACAAGCAAGGGUAAUGUGCUUCUGGUCAACCGCGACAUUAACUUGGUUAUGGACUUCUUGAACAUUGACCAGACCCGACCUGCCUAUGUGGAGGAUAUGAUGGGCGUGUGGCUCCGUCGAAAGCCUUGGUUCCAACAGUGCAGCAACAUUCAGUACUACAGCCAACGCUCCACAAAAUCAGAGCUUGCCCUGGCAUCAGAAGACUUCAACCGCUUUAUGAAGGUCGUCACUGGCCAAGUGGACAGCCUUAGCCUCAUUCAGAAGAAGGAGCAUAGUUUUUUCGUCUCUCUGACACUGCCAGACCUCCGUGACAGUAGCAAGAUUUUGAGCGAGGCAUGCAUUGGAUCUGAUGCUGUAGAAUUACGUGUUGACCUGCUCGAGGACCCCAAGUCUGAUAGUGAUAUCCCCUCCGUCGAUUAUGUUAAUGAGCAAAUGACCUUCCUUCGUAAGCGUGUUGGUCUUCCUCUUAUCUUCACCAUCCGCACCAAGAGCCAGGGUGGUCGCUUCCCUGACGAUGCUCAUGAGGCUGCAAUGGAGCUGUACCGCUUGGCGUUCCGCUCCGGGUCCGAAUUUGUGGAUCUCGAGAUUGCCUUCCCCGAUGACAUGCUCAACGCUAUUACUGCCAUAAAAGGUCACUCCAAGAUUAUUGCAUCCCACCAUGAUCCUCAAGGAAAGCUCUCAUGGUCUAACAUGUCUUGGAUUCCUUCCUACAACCGGGCUUUGGAGUAUGGUGAUGUGAUCAAGCUGGUGGGCGUUGCUAAAAGUCUUGAUGAUAACACUGCUCUGCGCAAAUUCAAGAACUGGGCCGCUGAGGCGCACGACAUCCCCUUGAUCGCCAUCAACAUGGGUGACAAUGGUCAGCUGAGUCGCAUUCUGAAUGCCUUCAUGACCCCCGUGUCUCACCCUAGCCUCCCCUUCAAGGCGGCCCCUGGCCAGCUUUCCGCCACUGAGAUCCGCAGGGGUUUGUCGCUGAUGGGUGAGAUCAAGGCCAAGAAGUUCGCUAUCUUCGGCUCUCCUGUGUCUCAAUCGAGAAGCCCACCUCUUCACAACACUCUUUUCGCCGAAAUGGGUCUUCCCCAUGACUACGGCCGUCUGGAGACCACCAACGUAGAAGAUGUAAAGGAUUUCAUUCAUGCACCCGACUUCGGUGGUGCAUCUGUGACCAUCCCCCUGAAGCUUGACAUCAUGCCCCUUCUGGAUGAAGUCGCCCAGGAAGCCGAGAUCAUCGGUGCGGUCAACACAAUUGUCCCUGUGCAGCAAGCCGACAAGUCUCAAAAGCUCGUCGGUUACAACACUGAUUGGCAAGGAAUGAUCAACUCCCUGCGCAAUGAGGGAUUCUACGGAUCCGCAGGUAACGAAAGUGCCGUGGUCAUUGGUGGCGGUGGCACUGCUCGUGCUGCCAUCUACGCUCUCCACCAAAUGGGCUUCUCCCCGAUCUACGUUGUCGGCCGUACCGCUAGCAAACUCGAGGGCAUGGUAUCUACUUUCCCAACUAGCUACAACAUACGUGUUGUUGACAACUACGCUCAAGUGGAUUCUAUUCCACGUGUUGCUGUUGGAACCAUCCCCGCUGAUCGACCUAUCGACCCUACCAUGCGCGAAACCCUCUGCAAGAUGUUCGAGCAUGCUCAAGAAGCCGAUGGAAAACUGAUUGGCAAGUCUGUCGAUGGGCAAUCUCCCCGCGUUCUGCUUGAGAUGGCCUACAAGCCUUCUGUGACGGCAUUGAUGCAGCUCGCUACUGAUGCGGGUUGGAAGACUAUCCCUGGGCUUGAGGUCCUUGUUGGUCAAGGUGUUCACCAGUUCGUCAAGUGGACCGGCAUCACACCCUUGUACAAUGACGCCAGAGAUGCGGUCAUGGGUACAAAAUCGGUUUGA